GAAGCGGGGCGCCGCGGGGGUCCUGAUACGACAGCACACUGGGGCUGAUACGGUGGAUCACCAGCAACGCUGGGUCAUACCACUGGGAUACCACUGGAGCCAGUAUGUCAGAGUAUGUUCCCACUAUUGUCUCAUUCCAUCUGGUUACUAGAGAUGACAAGCAGAGGCAUGGCCAGUCCUUUCUCAGUAAGCACAGCUCCCUCCUUCUAACACCUAGCCUCACCCCAGCUCUCUUAUAAAUAGCACAGGUGCGCCGGACCCAAGUCAUCCUGAGCGGUGAGGUGCAGGCAGGCAAAGACAGAGAGCAGGCUGAGUGAUAGUGCUCUGCAGAAACGGACUGUGUGUGUGUGUCUCGGCAGACUCACAGCGCUGCACUCUGUGUGUGUGUGUGUGUGUCUCAGCAGACUCACAGCGCUGCACUCUGUGUGUUUGUCUCAGUCUGUGUUCACUGGCCACUCCUGCUAGCACAACUGAUACUGAAUUACGACUGUGAAGAAAUUGAAACACUGUCCCUGGGGAAGGAGUCAGCUAGAGACAGCAGAGCAGAGCCCCUGUGAGCCGCGAUGGGGAAGCUGACAGUGCAGCGCUAUGUGACCGGUGCCCUGGCUGGCGUGGCUGUGGGCAGCGGAGUCAUCGCUCUGAUCCUGAGCCUCGUGAAAAUCACCAGCGUCACCCUGCCCCCGAGCUUCAAGUACGGCAUGGUGUUUGACGCGGGUUCCACUCACACGUCCCUCUUCGUGUACAAGUGGCUGGCGGACAAGGAGAACGGCACGGGCCUGGUCACUCAGCUCCUGCUGUGCGAUGUGGACGGCCCUGGGAUCUCCAGCUACAGCUCAGACCCUCCUAGGGCGGGACAGUCCCUGCGCAGCUGCCUGGACACCGCGGCAGCAGCCAUCCCCUCGGAGCGGCAGAGAGAGAGCCCAGUGUAUCUGGGGGCCACGGCGGGCAUGAGGCUGCUGGAGAUGCAGAGUCCCGUCGAGACGGAGCAGGUGCUGGCGGAGGUGAGGAACACGAUCCGCUCGUACCCCUUCGAUUUCCAGGGCGCUCGAAUCAUCUCGGGGGCAGAGGAGGGGGCGUACGGCUGGAUCACCAUCAACUACCUGCUGAGCUCCUUCAUCAAGUUCUCUUACGAAGGGAAGUGGAAGCACCCCAAGAACGGGAAUCUCCUGGGAGCGCUGGACCUCGGGGGCGCCUCCACGCAGAUCACCUUCGCCCCCAAAGAGCAGAUCAAGGAUAAGCAGAGCGAGGCCAGCUUCCGUCUCUAUGGAUACGAGCACACGGUGUACACACACAGCUUCCUGUGCUACGGGAAAGAGCAGUUCAUGAACAAGAUCCUGGCCAAGCUGGUGAAGGAACACAGCAUCAGCAGUCCUGUGCCCCACCCCUGCUUCCCCGCUGGUUACCAGUUGAACACCACACUGGGAGAUAUCUUCACCUCUCCCUGCACCAGCAAGCCGGAGCCCUACACCCCCGCCUCCGCCGUCACCUUCAAGGGCAGCGGGACCCCCGCGCAGUGCGAGGCGCUCGUCAAGACCCUUGUGAACCUCAGUGCCUGCACAGGGAAACCAGAGUGUUCCUUCGAUGGGGUCUACCAGCCUCCCGUGCAGGGCAGCUACUUCGCCUUCGCUGCGUUUUUCUACACGUUUGACUUUCUGAAGCUGGCCCCUCAGUCCACUCUGGACGUCACCAGGAGGACCAUCGCAGCGUUCUGCAGCAGAGACUGGAAAUCCCUGAAGGUGGAGUUUCCCUCAGAGAAGGACAGCCGUCUGAGAGAAUACUGCGGCGCUGGCUAUUACAUCACCACCCUGCUGGUCGACGCCUACAAGUUUGACAACCAAUCGUGGAACAACAUCGUCUUUCAGAAGAAGGCUGAUGACACAGAUAUCGGCUGGACUCUGGGCUACAUGCUGAACCUGACUAACCUCAUCCCCUCCGAGGCCCCCCCCGAGGUGAAAGGUCAUGACUAUGAUGUGUGGAUCGGCUCUCUGUUCUUCAUCGUGCUGGCCAUCGCGGUGUGCCUGCUGGCCAUCGCAGUGCAGUGCCUGGGGAGCCCGGAUUGAACAGCCUGGGCUGGAGCCCACACCGGGCAGCCACUGGGGGAGGGGAGAAGAGAGCGAGCGAGGCGGGAGGGGGGUUUGAUGCUCAGCAUUUUUAAAUGGGGUCUGUAUCAUUCGAAACGUAAUGAUUUCCAAUUGUACUGUAUUACAGUCUCCUAUUGAACUGAUUGGAGCUGUUUUAUUGUGUAGUUUUGAGGGGGUGGUAAGUUUCUAUUACAUAGUGAUAUUGUUAUACUGGUUCCUGGUCUUUCAUGGCAUCUUUGUUCAUUGAAUUUUCUAUAUAUAUAUAGAUGUGCUGUCUUGAGGGUAAUAUAUUUACAUUCUAAACAUGAAUAAUAAUAUUGAUGUACAGUAUUGUGAUUUUAGGGUGUACUGUUCGGGCGAUGGGAACGCUGUUCAGUUACAGUUUCUAUGGGAUGGGGGUGUGUGUGUCUCAAUCAUGAAAUCACGAUCUUGCAGAAAAGUGCCUUGAGUUUGCAAAGUUUCCUCUUUGCCAAUCAGUCUGACUGAAUGAUUAUUUAACAACGCUCUGGCGCCACCUGCUGGACUUGGAGUGAAGUCCUCUAUGAACUGAUAAAAGUGACUUUGUGCUUUUCAGUUUGCUUUUCAGUUUGCCAGAUUCAGUUUCAUUCACCGGCGUUUCCAACGAUCAGCCCUGGUUCUUCCCAUGCUUUGCCAGACUUAUCUGCGUGUUGCCAUACUUGCCAAUGUUAAUGUUGAAAAACACACUCAUGUCUCAUUCAUUUGUUUAAACUUUGUGUUAAUUUAAUAAAAUGGAUUUAGGUUCUGGCACAUCA